AUGACUAAUAUAGCAUAUUUGGGGCCCCAGGGAACGUAUUCCCAUAAGGCUGCCCUGCAAGAGUUUGCAAAUGGUGAAAAUUUCACAUAUGAACCCCAGACCACUAUCCGUAGCUGUAUCAAUGCACUUAGUGACAAAACCGUCUCAUAUGCUGUGAUUCCCUUUGAGAACUCUUCCAAUGGACAGGUGGUAUUCUCCUAUGAUUAUCUCAAAGAUUGGUUUAUGAAUAAGGAAGGUAAUACACCAGAUUUCCGUGUUGUGGGGGAACAAUUUGUCUCCAUUCAUCAUAAUUUAAUUACAAAUGCCCCAAGUUUAGACAAGAUUACCAAGAUUUAUUCGCAUCCACAGGUUUGGAGUCAAUGCAACCGUUUUUUUGAGGCAAAUGAUAAAGUGUUCCCAAAGAGUUUGGAGAAAAUUGACUGUAGCUCAACUUCUCGGGCCGUCCAGAUAGUGAAAGAAACGGUUGAAAAGGGGGAUGAAUAUGUCGCUGCGAUAGCGAGUGAUAUAGCUGCAGAGUUACACAACGUACCAGUAUUCCAAGCGAAUAUCGAAGAUUUUGACGAGAACACUACGAGGUUCUUGAUCCUGGGAUAUGACAGUCUCCCUCUCACUACGGACAAAUCAUCAAAAACAUUGACAUUGAUGGCAUUUAUGCUCAAAAAAGAUGAUAACCAUGGUGCAUUGUGUGAUGCUCUAGCCUGUUUCAAGGAACAUGGAAUCAACUUGCAAACUAUUGCCUCUCGGCCUUCAAAAAUGAAAUCCUGGCAUUACAUUUUCUUUAUAGAGUUCUGGGAUGAUCAAGAUGAAAACACAGUUAAUGCUCUGGAGAAACUGAAUGAUUAUGUUCAAGAGAAAUUUGUUUUGGGAACAUUUCCUCGGUCCAAAAAGUACUGGGACUGA